AUGGUGUACGCAUUUGUGACAAGGGGUUGGAUGAUCUGGACAAGGAAUUUAAUCAAAGAACUCAGUUGGCAGAAUUCCCUGAUCAUACUAUCAGGUAUAAUGCUUAACUGUGUCGUGUUUGGAGCACUCUUCAGGCCUCUCGAAGACAAUACUGCCCCCGAGAUAUGUGAGGAGGAUCCGGAAGCCCUAACCAACAGAGAUUCCCUCGUGUUGAAUGACAUGCCUAGGAUACAGUUCACAAGUGAUAAUAGUGAACUCAAGAAAAAUUUCAGUGAUGCCAACUUGGUUCUGCAAAGCCACACCCCAAGCAAUAUCCAGCGUAUUAGUUCUCAUGGCAACAUCAACCCCAUGCUUCAGAAUCUGAAAAAUGCUGAGGCAACAAGAAUGGCCGUCUCGCAACCAUUGUUGCCUGUGCCUGAGAAGCAAGGAUUUAUUUCUGGUGGCCUGGAGAGCACCCACAGCCAAGCACGGAAGAGUGGCAGCUUGCCCUCGUCCCACCAUGGCUCAGGUCUCUUGUACCGCAAAGACAUCUUCUACAGGGGUUCUUUGCUCAACAUCCGGGAAUACAAAUCUUACCUUUGGAGUAGAACCCUACUUAAAAUAUGCCCAAACUUAGAACUUGGGAUUGCAGCAUCCAAACCAAUAGAGAGUCCUUUAGUAAUUCCUACUUUCCCUCUCAGACAGAAUCCAAGCAGUUAUAGGGCAUCUAUGGCCAGGCUCCCAGAUACAGAGGAGACACCCAGUGAAGUGGAAAAAGCAAAGUUGUGUGGAUGUGUGCCAUGCUCUAGGGAGACACGAGAUGCCAUGAAGAGCCUUAUGGAUUGGGAGCUUCUUGUUGAUGGAAUAUUCAUCCUCUUUGCCUUCUCCAACUUUUGUACAUCCAUUGGAUUCAAUGCCCUUAUAUUUUCAUUGUGUUCUGAUAUAUUCAUAUAUUUGCAAAAUGGACCCUCAUAUCUGUUGUCAGUCAUUGGCAUUUCUAAUACAGUGAGCCGUAUCUUGCUUGGUUAUAUUUCUGAUCAGCCUUGGGUCAAUCGCCUUUACCUCUACAAUAUAGCUCUCACCCUCUGUGGCAUUGGUACCUGUAUGAGCAUUUGGUUUUAUAGUUAUGCGUCCCAGAUCUUUUACGCAAUAGUCUUCGGAUCCAUGUCAGGCGCGUAUGUUGGACUGACAUCUGUUGUGCUUGUGGAUCUGUUGGGGAUGGAGAGACUCACAAAUGCCUUUGGUCUUCUCCUUAUGUUCCAAGGCAUUGCUUCUGUUUUGGGCCCACCGAUGUGUGGUGCACUCUUUGAUCUGACUGGCUCCUAUGACUACAGUUUCCUUCUUGCUGGCAGUAUGAUAGCUGUCUCAGGACUGAUGUUGUUUCUUCAUCCCUUGCAUUUGGAGAAUUCAAGCCAAGAAGCUCGCCAAACAAGUUAA